AAAUCUUCCAAUUCAUUUGUUCAUCGAGAGCCAGUUACCCUCAGCGUGGUCCACCGUCUCUAGCAUGGUUAAAUGCUAACGACUCACUGGCGGGGUACUCUCAGACGAAUUCUCCGACCAAAUUUCCUAUAAGGCCGGGUCCUUGUUUUAUGAUCUCCUAUCGCGUUCCUCUUCAAACAUAUGACAGAAACAAAGUGAAAGAAGAGAUAUGCUGGGAAUUUCAUACGGAGAGCUAUUUCUCUUGCUUGGCGCUACUGCUGCUCUUAUUGGACCUAAAGAUUUGCCAAUCAUAGCAAGAACAGCUGGCAGAUUUGCGGGAUGUUCCAUUGGUUAUGUUCAAUUGGCCCGUGGUCAAUUUGAAAGUGUUAUGCAGCAGUCUCAAGCUCGUCAGGUGCAUAAGGAACUGCAAGAUACCAUUGCUCAACUGGAAGCCAUACGUCAUGAAAUUCGAACAAUCUCUUUUAUGAAUCCUGGUCCAUUGACAUCGAGGCUAGUAGACAGCAUCAACACAACAGCUGCAAAUAGCACUGUUGAAAAUGGACCUAAAAAAUCUGAUAUCAAGAGCACCAUAGUUGAAAAGGGACCUCAAAUAUCUGAGAAAGAGAACAUUGUAGCAACUAUCACACCUGAGGACUAUAGUUCAAGGAAAUCUUUGACCGAUAUGCACAGCCAAGCUGCUGCUUAUGCUAGAUUGGCUGAAACGACACCUUUGAAAUCCAUUUCUAUAAAUAAGGAAUGUCUGAGUGAGCUGACUGAUGAAUCUGGCAGUAUUAUUGUGCUCCCUGUCUCAGCAGAGAGUGCAGGGUUGUUGCCAAAACGUAAAGAUGAAGCAAAGGGGUCUGACAUUGUGUUAGAAGCGAUACUGGAGGCAGAAGUGGCAAAUAACGCCAAAGAGUUUUUCUCACAGCCACAAAACCAAUUAAAAAGUGACUGAAGAGGCACAUCUAAAGAAGAUUUGUGUAUUGGAAUGCAGAGAUCAGCUUCAUGCCAAGUGAGCAUGUCAGCUGUGGAUGAAAGAUAUCUGUGCAAGGACGGACGAUUUAAGCCCAGUUCGAGUAUCUCUACCUGUGGUUUUUGAGUCUUGUACCUAGUCUGUUUAGAUAUCCUGGGCAUCUAAAGAACAUAAGAUCCGCGUUGCCACCGGGCUCAAAGUCAUAUUGUUUGACAGAUGGUAGUCAAUAACAUAGUAUAGAAAUAAGAAAUUUCCAUGGAAUUCGAUUCUGGAGUUCUGCAUAUUUGUAAUGAUUUUUAAAUUUUGUCUUAAAAUACGGCAAGGCCGUAGUAUAAAGUUCCAAAUGUACUUCUUUGCAAAUAAUUGGAAGAAUACUGUUGAUAUCGUUUAGCAGUG